GGCCCGGAGCUUCACGUGCCGGAUGUGCGCAAUUCUGGACGAGGCCGUUCGGAGGAUGGAGGGGGAACGGGCAGCUGGCGUUGAGGAGCUCAGGCGGGAGCUGCAGUUGGAGCGUCAGAAGCGUGUGGAGCUGGAGACCCAGGUCGGCGAGCUGCUGAGGAGGGAGGCAGGCAGCGCAGGCCUGGUGGAGCGGUUGGCCGGCGAGCUUCAGGAGGAGCGGGAAAAGCGGGCCAGGCUGGAAGAGCGGGUGGAGCUCUUGGCGCGGGCGGAGAGUGAACCCGUGUCGGGCCAGCGUCAUGUGGAGGGCGAGGCUGGCGUGGGUGCUCGGGAAGAGGCGGCAGGAGCUAGCGAUAGCACGGAGGCACCACGAACCUACAGCGCUGUAGCACAGCAGGUUCCGGAUGAGGCAGAGGCGGCGACGGACCGGGUGACAAGCGGCAGUCCCGUACGGCGGGCAGGAGCACCGCAGCGGCAGGCGGGCCAGGUGCCGCAAUCCGGAGGGCAGCAGUCGCGGGCUGGGGACGAACGGUUCGAGCGCAGGAGGGUGCUGGUGGUGGGAGAUUCCAACAUAGCGAGGGUCGAGGAGGGCGUGUUGGCAAAGGUGAGGGCAGACAGGCGGGUGAAGGUGGAGGCCCAGUCAGGUAAGUGCAUAGUAGAUGCAAUGGCCAAAGCCCGGGAGGUAGUAUGGGACAACAUGGAAAACGAGAACCUAGUCGUUAUCCAUGCUGGUCUCAACGAUGUGCUGAAGGGAAGAAGCCAGAACCUUGAGAGACAGCUGGAGGUGGGGUUGCGUAAGCUUAGGGAGGCCUCUGAGAAAGUGCAUGUGACCAUAUGCACAAUCCCAGAGGUCCAGGGACAGUCUAGCGGGAUGGAAAGGAGAGUAGUUGAAGCUAACCGGGUCAUUAGGGGUAUGAGCCGACGACUUGGGUACGGCGUAAUGGAGGUGAACAGGGACGUGUAUGAGGCUGGCUCCCACUCUUUUGCACAGGAUGGCAUCCACUACAGUGGUGCCACGGGCAGGAGGGUAGGCAGUAGGAUAGGCUGCCAGGCAACAGCUUUUUUAGGGGGACCCAGGGCC